GUGGUGGAGGUCAGGGGCUUAGCGAAGCGUAGCCAGUUCAUUAGGCAGGGCCCUCCGUUUGGCACCUCCUCCUGCUCCCCUCCAUCCUCCCUCCCUACCUCUCCUCUCAGCCUCUCGCCACAUCCCCUCCCAGCUCACUCGUGGACCCGCGGCAGCAGAAACUGCUCUGGAGAAGCAGCGCGGAGCGCGACGCUGCAAGGGCUCUUUUCUUCUUUGGCUCCGUGCCGGUGGAAAUGCGCCACUGACGCCGAUCGAAGUUGUGUGCGGCCACAGUUUCCUCGCUCGCUGUCACGCUGUCGUGGUUCUGAGAAUGAAGAAGUGAAUCAUCUCUCAUUUCAGUCAUGGCUGUCCAGGCUGGCAUCCAGGUUUGGUUCGGCGAGAAGUUUGAUGCCCCUCUGCUGAGCCCCAGGAGCCCUCGCAGCCCGUUGGCACAGCGGCAUGGCCCCGGCCUCGCGGAUGUCUUCCAGUAUGACCAGUGGCUGGCAGUGCGACAUGAGGCCACCCUCGUGCCCAUGCAGGAAGACCUGGCCAUUUGGCUCACUGGCAUGCUGGGUGACGAGGUGAGAGCCGAGUUCUUCAUGGAGGAGCUGAAUAAUGGCGUAAAGCUCUGCCAGCUUAUAGGCAUACUGCAGACCAAGAUCGCCCAGAGCUGCCCCUCGGCGCUCAGCAAGCUGUUCCCCACAAGGAGAGUCGCAUGCAAGCAUGAUGCGUCUCCUGGCUCCUUCUUUGCCCGUGACAAUACAGCCAACUUCCUGGCCUGGUGUCGCCACAUCGGGGUGGAGGAGACGUACCUGUUUGAGUCCGAGGGCCUCGUGCUGCACAAAGAGCCUCGGCAGGUCUGCCUCUGUCUGCUGGAGAUCGGCCGCAUCGUGUCCAAGUACGGCGUGGAGCCCCCGGUGCUGGUGAAGCUGGAGAAGGAGAUUGAGCUGGAGGAGACCAUGCUGAUGACGGAGGAGCCGCCUCCGGCCGUCAAGACCUUCAGCGUAUGCUGCCAACACGGCGGCCUCUAUCAGCCUGGGGAGCACGGCAUGGAUGACCCGCCCUGCAAUUGCUCCAACAGAGUUUCCAUUGAGUAUCUGUCCGAGGGGAGAUACAGACUGGGAGACAAGACCAUCUUUAUCAGGAUGCUUCACGGGAAGCAUGUGAUGGUGCGCGUGGGCGGUGGCUGGGACACUCUGCGUGGCUUCCUGACAAAGUACGACCCCCUGCGCGUGCUGCAGUUCACCACCCUGGAGCAAAAGAUCCUGGCUUUUCAGAAAGGCCCCCCCGGCGUGGGAGGUCAUCACAGCCACGCGGCACCACCUCCCCCUCCUGAUAUGGACCCCCUCGCCGCUGUUGACGACCUCAUCUCCUCCUCCUCCUCGUCCUCCUCCUCAUCCUCGUCCUCUUCCUCCUCCACCUCGUCUUCCUCCAGCUCCGCCUGUAGGCCACCAGCAAAUGGUCAGACGUGUCGCUCAUACACCCCCUCCCCAGCCUGCACACCCACGCUGCCCAGGAAAGGUGGUGCUACGGCACCCAAGAAGAACCUCCAUGCGAUGCCUUCCUCCCCCAGGAAGCCCACCCAGCUCCCUCUGCCCAUCAGCAACAAAGGGACCUCCUCUCUGCCCUCCACACCCGUGGAAGGCUCCUCCAAACAGUCUCCCAGCCCAGGGGGGCAGGUCGGGCAGCUCCACCGUAGAGCCCUGACUCCAUCUGCAGCUCCAUCACCAGCUACUGUAGGUCCAUAUCCGGCCUCCAAACUGAAGCUUAGACCCCUACCACGCGGCGCCACCUUGCAGCCGCGGAGCCCCGUCUGCCCUGAGCCAUCUUCCAAGUGCCCUAAACCCUCCAGCCCCUGUACCUCUCCCACCUCUUCCUCUGUGCCUCACCCAGCCACCGCGCCAGCUCGGGCAUUGGUCCCCAAAGAUGCCCGGCCUCCACUGGGCGCCAACCAGCGCUCGCGCCUCGCACAGCGCCGCCCCGGCUCCCCAGCCUCACGCCUCCGUCUCGAGGCCACCAGGAGAGCACGGACAGCCACCCGUGCUGCAGCAACCCCAGCGCCAGGAGCAACGGCUCCUCAGUCUCGGACCCCCACUCCCAGCUCAAGGACAGCUUCCUCAGCGCUGUCCAAACCUCCCAGCUCCCUGUCAAAAGCCAAAGAGGUCACAGCCAAAGCAAAAGGGCCGGCCCCAAUCAAGACUGCUACGUUCCCUCCACAAGGCACCGAUGUCCCUGGGCGGGUCCCAGGGUGCCAAACGGGCCCCUUGCCUGCAAGAAAAGCCAAUCAAAAGACACCAGCAACAGCACAACGGGUGGGGGAAAAAAAAGCCGCCACAACUAACCCCAAUAACAUAAAGCCAACUCUCAAACCUCAAGCAGCUCAAAUUCCAGCUCUCGCCCCGCAGAAAAGCAGCUCCAACGUCAGGGCUGUUAAAGCUGAGGUGGGCAUCAUAAAGAAGGCCCCACCGUGCAAGGGCAAAUACGAGGACCCUUAUUUUGAAAUGAACAGCAGGAGGAGGCA